AUGGAGCAGCGAGUGGGGCCACCAGAGCCAAGACCUGCAGGACCUGCCAUGCACCUGCUGCCCAAGGAGGGGACAUUGUGGGGGCUCCUCGCCGUCCUCUUGCUGCUGGCUGGGCUGGCCACAGGCACCCUGCGAACACUGCACUGCAACAAGACGCUGGAUGUGGCCCCCACGCUGCAGGGCAUGGCCACCGCCAGCCCAGCUGUGGAAGGUGGUGUGGAGGUACCACUCGCCACUGCCUGGAGCCAGCUGUAUGGGGACAACAUGACAGGUGGCACAGGUGCUGUGGAGCUGGUGGAGGACCUGCUGCUUCGUGCUGAGCGCUCACCGGUGGGCCCCAGAAAAGUCAAGGAGAGGCAGAAAUCCUCACGGGGGGCCCGUGGGCGUAACUGCCACAUCCGCAACCUGAUGGUAAAGGUACGCGACCUGGGCCUGGGCUUCAACUCGGACGAGAUUGUGCUAUUCAAGUACUGCAGUGGGUCCUGCCACCGGACACGCAGCAAUUACGACCUGACGCUGGGCAGCCAGCAGCUCAUUUCCCCAGGGCCGCAGGAGCGGGUCCUCAGCCACCCCUGCUGCCGGCCCACUCGCUAUGAGGCUGUCUCCUUCAUGGACGUGCAGAACACAUGGCAGACAGUGGAGAAGCUCUCAGCAGCCGAGUGCAGCUGCAUCGGCUGA